ACAGCAAUCGCCAAAGCAAGGGGUUAGAAAAAGUUUCUUGGUCCUCUAGUCACUCUUUAGAAGGAAGAACCCGAGCUUGGGGAGGAGUCGGGGCCACCCCCGCCCCCUGCCCGGAGUCGUUGCCACCCGCGGAGAUGAAAUGUGAGCCUGGGUGGCCAAGGACGCCGGAGUGGCAGCCUUCCCCGCGCCUGAGCGCAGUGGGGCGAGACAAAGAGACCUGGGCCCCCAGCGCAGCCCGUCUCGGGCCACGCGCGCCCCAGCUCCGCGGAGUCCCGCACUCGCUGGCCCGGGACGCGCCCGGCCCGGGCUCCCUUGGAAGGCUCCCUAGGCAAUGGCCGGGUCUCCGCUCCACCCGGCUCUCAGGAGCGCUGCUCUCUCCAUCUGAUCGUCCUCCAUCCUACCCAUUCCCUCCGGUUCCGGGCUCUCCCUUCGCUCCAAGCCUCUCUCUGGCGCGCAACCUCAGGUCACCGGCUUGGAUGGACGCUCCGAGGCUGCCCGUGCGUCCAGGGGUCUUGCUUCCGAAGUUGGUCCUGCUCUUUGUCUACGCAGAUGAUUGCCUUGCUCAGUGUGGCAAAGAUUGCAAAUCUUACUGCUGUGAUGGAACCACACCCUACUGUUGCUCCUACUACGCUUAUAUUGGGAAUAUCCUCUCGGGCACUGCAAUUGCGGGCAUUGUUUUUGGAAUAGUAUUUAUCAUGGGAGUCAUUGCUGGGAUUGCCAUAUGCAUCUGCAUGUGCAUGAAGAACCACAGGGCGACCCGCGUGGGCAUCCUCAGGACAACUCACAUCAAUACCGUCUCCUCCUAUCCUGCAGCACCACCUCCCUACGGUUACGACCAUGAGAUGGAAUACUGUGCAGACUUGCCUCCUCCAUACUCCGCCACCCCACAGGGCUCAGCACAGCGUUCUCCACCCCCUCCUUAUCCUGGAAACCCAAGGAAAUAAUCUAUCUCCCAGAACGGAACAUGUGCCAAUGGGUGAUCUUGCCUGGAAUAAAAUGCAUCUACUCAGAAACAGGCAGGAAAGAAUUGCUCCAAGGAAUACUUUUUGGGGUCAGAUAAUAUGUCAGGUGGAAUAUCCCUGCUAGGAGAUAAAGGGUUUCUACCCUGCUCAAAGCUGACCUCAUCUGGAGUAUUAAUGUUUGGUUCUAUGGAACCAUAUUUUAAGAGAUCCGCUGAUCCACCUAAGCACAUUCAGAGAAGAGUAAUGUAAUUGACAAAAUAUCUGAUAAUCAUGUUGUUUAAGGCCAAGGUGAAGGAAGUUUCAGUAUUGAUCCUGGAAAAAAGAAGAUCUAAGUAGGAUGGGAGAAUGAUUUGGCCUACACAAGGAAGCAACUUUAUUCUACGUAGCUUUAAAAGUAGGAACUAGAAUUGUUCAUUCUUUCAUUCAUCAAUAAAUGUAUUUUAAAUGCCUAAGAGCUUACUAUGUGCCUAGCACUAUUUGAGGUCCUGGUGGAAGUUACAGGAUGGGUGCUGUGGUUUUAGUACAAGAAAGAGCAACGACUAGAUUGCUUUGUGAAGCUCUUGGUAGAGACAUGCUCCAGAAGGGAUAACAAAAUCAAAUAGUAGAUGGGUUCAUUGGGCCUCAGAAGUUCUGCUUGUGUUUUAGGUGGGUGUGAAGUGAAUUCCUAUGUGUUCAAUAGUGAAUACAACAGAAAGAGUUGGAUCUUAUUUAUUUAAUUACGGAGUUAAAACAAGACCAAAAAGACUCAACAACCACUUGAAGCCAAGAACUCUUCAAUGCCAGCUACUACCACCUAAACAUCAUCUGACUGUAUAGUAGAUCAGAAUAAAGGUUAUUCCAACUGUGGGGAGAAAAAAAAAAUUGUAUCACGUUCCACAGGUAGCAGACACAUCACUUCUGAGUAAAAGAUGAGAAAUCAAAUAUUCCUACAGGAUUUCAGGUCAGGGAGCAAAAAUCUCAGAACUUGACCAUGAAGAUACACAAUAGGCUUGCAAAAAGAAGGAAGAGUGGGAAAUGAAGUUCAGAUUCCCUUCUGUGGAAAUCUUUGAAACUAUUAUUUUUUUCUUUUUGUAAAAUUUUGAUAAUCUAUUCUCUUAAAAAAGUUAAUAACAAAACUAAGAUACUGACAUCAAACUGUUGCCUUUUGCCAAAAUGCAAAUUUUAUGAAGUGCCUACCUUUGUAUGUAUAAUAAAUAAUUCUAAUGUGCUGUAUUUUGCUGUGAGUGACCUUAACAUUUUAUAUUUUUAUAUGAGUUGUUUCAGGUAUUUAUAAAAAUUAUAUAUUGAACAUUGGAAAUAGAUGAUUAGAUUUUUAUGUCAUUUUGCGAUUAAAUCUAAAAUGUUUAAUCCAAUGUCAUCAUCAAAAUUCAGUGAAAUCCCAAAAAGUGCCAAGAAUUUUGCUGAAUGAAAGAAUCAAAUGAAGCAUUUUAAGGUUUAAGUUAUAGUACCUAUACUUGCAGAUAAGAAGCUUACUACAUCAUUAUUAUUAGUAUAUAUUACUUUCAAAUACCUAUAUUAGAAAGAUGUUGAUCUGACUGAAAUAUAAUCUACCUGUCAGUAAGGUCCAAAAGCUGAAUUUGUUUUGAAUGACUUCCUUGAUUUUUAAGCACUGAUUAUUUUCUUAUACAUGAGGAUGCGAAGCAUUCAGGAGUUUCAGCCUGUUCUAGUGAGGGGCUCCCUGACUUACAUAAAGUUUUCAGCACAAUUUUAAUAGUACCUAUGCUUUAAUUUAUUUUUCUUCUGCAUAUGGUCAGACCCAAUUACACUGCAGCUAUGACUCUCAAAGUGCCAGGGUCCCUGUGAUGAUUCUGAGAAUGCUGAAUACAAAUAUACCAUAUAUUCUUUCAGAAAAAUGGAAAGGAAAGGCCAGCAGAAAUGGAGUUUUAUCAUCUUCACCAUCAAUAAACAUUUAUUGCAUACCUCCUACGUUCUGCAAAUUUUCCCCAAAUAGAAGCCACUUCAGUCCACACCAUCUCUCUUCUUUGAGUUGUUUAUGGCCUCCCAUAAGGCAUUUUACAAACCCAUAAACCUACAAUAGAUGAGUAUUUUUACUAUUUGUAUUAAGUGGCAUAAUAGCAUAAAUGCGCACAUUACAAGUAUAGACUGUUGGAGUUCACUGGGUGUUUUCAUAGAUGAUGAUGCUUGGGGAAAAACAGUAUAGGAUGUGAAAGCUUUGAAUUAUGGUUAUUUAAAAACUAACAUUUGCUGUGGCCAAAGUGUUUACAAUAAGCAAUAAAAUGAAAGAACCUAUUAUAACGCAGAGUAUA